GAGAAUGAUGAGCUAGAGUCAUUGUAUCAGCGCUACAUCUUCAAGCUGCAACACUCAUCAGUAGCCAGUGUAGUGGCCAUGUUUGUGCUGCUAACUGCUGUGCUGGCCAACCUAAGCUUUGCCUACUCCCAGGCCCCGACUGCUCAGAAUGUCUACCACAUCGCUCACUGUCUACUCUUCGCACUGCUCCUUGUCUUUCUAAACACUAAGCUGAUGCAGGAUGCGUAUCUGCUGUGGGUUUGCUAUGUGAUAUUGUUCUUCUGCUCCACAUUUGUGGCCGUCUCUUUGCCGCUGGGUCCCGUGGGAGGCAGGACUACUCCCGGAGUAGCGGCUGACGGAGUGUGGCAGGUGUUGUUUGUGGUGUUCCUGGCGUACGCUAUGAUGCCACUCAAGACGUGGGUGGCAGCACUUUUUGGACUGACACUACCCGUGGCUCACACUGCGGUCGCCUCUACAUUGCCUACCGAGUUCCCCCAGCUGCUGUGGCAACAGGUGAUGGCCAAUGUGAUAGUGUUUGUCAGUGCCAAUGUGGUGGGAGUGCUGCUACACACACUGAUGGAACACGCGCAAAGACGAGCGUUCCUCGACACUCGCAACUGCAUCGCGGCCAGGCUGGAGAUGGAAGACGAGAACGAGAAACUGGAGAGGCUACUGCUGUCAGUCUUGCCGCAACAUGUAGCCAUGGAGAUGAAGGCAGACAUAAUGUCUCCUGUAGAGGGACAGUUCCACAAGAUCUACAUACAACGCCAUGAGAAUGUCAGUAUCCUGUUUGCCGACAUUGUGGGGUUCACUGUGCUGGCGUCUCAGUGCACUGCUCAAGAACUUGUCAGGCUGCUCAACGAACUGUUUGGCCGGUUCGACCAACUUGCCAACGAUAAUCACUGUUUGAGGAUAAAGAUCCUGGGAGACUGCUACUACUGUGUGUCUGGGCUGCCAGAGCCUAGGUCAGACCAUGCUCACUGUGCGGUAGAGAUGGGGCUUGACAUGAUAGACGCCAUCGCCGCUGUCGUGGAGGCAACAGAUGUUCAUCUCAACAUGAGGGUGGGGAUACACAGUGGACGAGUGUUGUGUGGUGUGCUGGGGCUCCGCAAGUGGCAAUACGAUGUGUGGAGCAACGAUGUCACCUUGGCUAACAACAUGGAGGCCGGCGGUGAACCUGGGAGGGUACACAUCACCCAGGCCUCCCUGGACUGUCUGGGAGGAGAGUAUGAGGUAGAGCCGGGCCAUGGCGCAACACGCAACCAGUACCUGCGUGACAACAACGUCACAACAUACUUCAUCGUGCCUCCCGCGCGACGGAGAAAGCCGUUGUUGUUCAACACCCUACAGGUGCGGUCGGCGCUGGGAGCUGCACAAAGACGCAAGUUGUCGUUCAAGAAUGUCUCCAGUGUUGUGGUGCAACUGCUCCACAGCAUCAAGUACUCCGUCGAGGUCCCUUUCUCCAACAUUGCGACUGGGGCGGAGAUCAAGUCCAACGCAGCCCGAAAGGUGCUAGACCUACAGAGAGCGCUGCACGCAGACCCAGCUAGUGCGGCCGGUCACGCGUAUCACGACUCUCUCACUCUACGUGACAUCACAGCCAAGGAAGAAACAAAUAAGCCAUUUCUUAACAAAGUGACGGACAAAUUCAAGCGACCUUUCAAGAAGCGACAUUCGAGUGUUUACCAUCAACCUAGCAACCGAGUCAACAAGUACCUGAGUCAAGCCAUCGAGGCUCGCAGUGUCGACCGAGAGAAGAGCAACCAUGUCAACCUGGUCACACUGUGCUUUAAGGAUAAAGAGAAAGAGAAUCAGUACCACACUGAUGUAGAUGGAGGAUUCAGCAGCUCUCUGGCCCUCAGUUUGAUGCUGCUGCUGUUGAUUGGAGGACUGCAGGCUGUGAUAUUACCUCGUACCAUCAUACUGUUGUUGCUGUUCCUUACUGCCUUUAUUUGGAUCUCGGUGGUGUUGAUGCUGCUGCUGGCUGUGAGACUGAGGUGGAUCCUGUGUGAUAUAUCUCACAGUUUCUCCUUGAGGCUGGCUAUCACAGUGUUCACCAUUGUGUUGGUGUACACAGUCGCUCAGGUCAACGUGUUCACGUGUCGCACAGACACACCGUGUGUCCCACUCAACACUACACUACUCAACGGAGUUACCAGCGACCACCGUGCCUGCCCUCUCCCCCACUACAUCGUUAUAUCCUGUUGUUUAGGUUACCUAGCUGUGGCUAUCUUCCUGAGGCUGCCCAUCCUCAUCAAGUGUGGCCUGCUGGCUCUCAUGGCCACUGUCUACAUUCUGCUGAUAGAGCUGAGCCAUGCCAACGUCUUCCACUGUUUCGACAUCAGAGUGCAGAGUGCGGUGCCGGUUCAUCUAAUAGCUGUAGUGCAGGUGCUCAUGUUGUUGUUGGCUGUGAUAAUACACGGAAGACAGGUGGAGUGGACAGCUCGUCUGGACUUUCUGUGGCAGAUACAGGCGUCUGAGGAGAAGAGAGAGAUGGAUGCUUUACAGCAUAGCAACAAGAGGAUAUUGUUUAACCUACUACCAGCACAUGUGGCCACUCACUUUCUGGACAACCAGUUCAGAAGCAACAUGAACACUCUGUCACAGGAGCUGUACCACCAGUCGUACAACAGAGUGGGAGUCAUGUUCGCCUCCAUCACCAACUACCACGAGUUCUACAUGGAGCUGGACGGCAACAACCAGGGCGUCGAGUGUCUGCGGCUGCUCAACGAGAUCAUCGCUGACUUUGACGAGUUGCUGGGAGAAGAAAGGUUUAGAGCCAUAGACAAGAUCAAGACAGUCGGGUCCACAUACAUGGCAGCUGUGGGACUGAUGCCUGAGUAUCGCAUACUGGACGACCAAGUCUCCGCUGGAAUCCACCUGUCAGCACUGGUGGAGUUUGUGUUCGCCAUGCGGGACAAACUGGUCUGCAUCAACGACAACAGCUACAACAACUUCAUGUUGAGAGUCGGCAUCAACAUCGGCCCCGUAGUGGCGGGGGUCAUUGGGGCCCGCAAGCCUCAGUACGACAUCUGGGGCAACACUGUCAACGUGGCUUCUAGGAUGGACUCUACUGGACUGCCUAACCACACCCAGGUCACAGAAGAAGUUUAUCAAGUGUUGCAGAAUAUGCCGUACGAGUUCCAGUGUCGAGGCAAAGUGAAGGUGAAAGGCAAGGGAGAGAUGACCACGUACUUCCUGACAGACAGGAAACAGCCUGGAACUAUCAGGGUAGAGGAUCUGACCAGCCUACGAGGAGGUGCUUCUAUAGGUACAAUGUACGGCGGAGUAGCCACACCUCUGGCGUUCCUACACCAACAGCUGCAACAGUCUGGGGAGAGACUCAAGUCUCGGCCCCGCCAUACCCCCCACCACAACCCCCACCCUGAGACUGAGCCACUGCUGCCCACGCCUCGGCAGCCACGACCUCUGCCUCCGCAGCGGGGUAUCACACAGGUCUUCCCACCCCUGUCACAAACCAACAGAUAUAUUCCACCAUGGCCAAGAGGCAACUCCAACACAAACGAAACCGCUUCUCGUAACCACAACAACAACAUGAGUCAAAGAAGGCAACAGGAGAACUCUAGGCAUCAAGAGAACUCGAGACUUCAGGAGAACUCAAGAAACCAAGAGACUUCCAAACAUCAGGAGAUGGCGAGACAACAGAACUCUGCAGCUCCAUACAUGAAACCUCUGCCCAAGCCUCCUCCUCGAGCAUCACCAGCUCAUCGGCCGAGGCAAGGUCCUCCCUGGCUACAGCGGCACUACAGUGAUGAGAGUCUGCAGGGCUCCGGCCUCCACUGGUCUGGUAACACAAGAGUACACUCAUCUGCUGAUGAGAUUAGUUCUCUCAACCACUCCCCCAGCAUCAGCUCCUCUGAUGAGAGUUAUAGUAGGACUACUGACGCCUCACCUUCCCCCUCCCCACCACCCACGCACCAACCACACAACAAUCUACAGCAAUGGCUGUUCCCCUCAGACAUCCAAGUAAACCCGUGUUCCUCACCUGAAAACUCUCCUCGCGCUUCCUUAGACUAUAUUCCACCCCAGUGUUAUCUUUCCUCAAACAACAACCCUCCUGAAGUUACCAAAACGCCCUUACACGACACCACUCCUAGUUUACCGUCUUCACGAAGUUUCUCACCUGGGAAAAACGGCAACAACAACGGAAGUCGCGGUAGUGGACGGAGUUCGAAAACGAGAGACUCGCCGAGAAACAUCCACCGGAGUAAUUCUAGUUCGACAAGUUCUAGAAGGACUAAUAAUUCGGAUAAAAUUCCGUCUUCGGCUUUAAUCGCUUUGGCCGCUUGUGGCGAAAGCACUCUAGACUCUCACGGGGUGCAGACUGUAGAUUCGUAUAGAGGAGAAUCGUGCGGUAGUUUCGAAUACCAACGGGCGAGUAAACACAGAGCCAAAAGAAUGACGGGUAGCUUAGACAAACACCAAGAGAAACCAUUGAAAGAAAAAGCGGAAAGUGGCGAAACAACGAGUUCUAGUGCGAAGUCUUCUAUGAAAAAAGACGGUUCAAGUCAGACUGAUUUGAAAAUGCCGGUUGUGUCGGAGAAAUCUGCCUCAACGCCAGGUUCGGACAAUCCAGUGGUGGACUUUGAACGUCAGAUUCGUAAACUACUGGACGAGCAGAGUAUGUUGCGUCCGACGCCGCAGCAGGAGCCCGCAGCAAGGUUUGUACCGCAGCUAACCUCACAGUUUGUUGCUCCUAGUCUCGCCUCCAUCACUGAGAGAGCUCUGUGGCAGGAGAAGAGUUUAGGACUUAAUGAGGAAACACUUAAACCUCAAUCACCUUUCAAACCUCAAUCACCAUUUGUUGUCAGGAGGGAGAAAGAUAGGACUGAGAGUGAAGAGGAGAGGGAGGGAGAAGGCGAUGAAGAUGAAGAAGAGAGGAGAGAAAACGAGAGGUUUGAAGAGGAGGAGAAAAGGAUAGCAGAGGAAGUGGAACGCCAGGAGGCUGUAGUGAGGAGGAUACUAGAGGAGUCUACAAGUCAGCUAGAGUCAGAGUGGAGUGAUGAUGAGGGUGCCGUGUCAGAGCCUCUACUGGCUGACAGAGACAGUACAGGCUACACCACAGACGACCCUGCACUGGAGAACAUCUCUAUGAUACACGAGGCUGGUCUGACUGACGCUGAAGGGGCACUGAGUGAUGUCAACUCAGCGUUUGAAGGUGGUUGCCACGACGACGGAGACAACACCUCCCUCUCGUCUAGAGCAUCGUCCCGAGUGUUUGACUCUGACGCAGUGAUGAGUGUGGACUCCCUGAGUGCUCUGUUUGACCCGGAGUACGACACGUGUUACGGCGACGACUUGCGCUACUACGGCCGAGGCACGACGCCGGACAUCACCAACCUCGCUAACAUACGCAGCGUUAGUGAGAGCAUCACGCGCAACUUUGGCCAGCCGCGCAGCGAGACUGACAGUGACAUCUAGUGUGGUGCUAGGUAACAAACAGUUCAACUGAAUAAAUUAAGAUUUUAUUCUUCCAGUAUGAUAAGGGUAAAAAUUUGUAUACAAUUUUACAAACCUCCAUUUUUCUUACUCAUUACAAAAGUUAAUUUGUGCUUAAUGUGUUCUUGAAAUAUUCAACAUAGGCUAGUCAAUUUCCUUUUGGUUUUUAAACAGAUUUCCUAAUUGAAUUUGUUUGUAAUAUUUUUUUUAUCUUCAUUUUUAAUGUUAAAUGAUCACUUUACCGAAUGGUAUUUCUGUAUACUACAGAUCCUUAAAAAGGAUAAAUUUUACCAUUCACACUCUAAAAUGUUAACAUGUUUUUGAAACGUUAUCUAAUGGUAUCUCAUGGAGCCGCGCUCAAUUUAAUUUUGUAAUGUAGCUUGUGGCUAAUAAGCAGGUAGUUUAAGCAGAGACAAUGCAACUGAAAAUUUAAUAUUUCUAUAGAAAUUAAAAUUUGUUUGCCAACAGGUACAAAACAGGUUGAGAAUAGUGGUCUUUGGUUGGUGUUAUUUGUUGAAGGACUGUUCUUUGAAUACUUUAACAGACGAUGUUCAUCCAUUUUAUUUUUACACUAAAUUAUCAUAAUAACUUGAUUACCGAUUUUUCCAACUAAAUAACAAUCCUUGUACAGGCGAAUGAAGUGAUAAAUGAAACCCUUGUUUUCAAUAGUAGUUGAUUGUUGAUUUGAUUAACAUACUUGUAUGAUUUUUAGUUGUUUGAAUUUUAGUAUAUUUCUUUUGAUACUUUGAACUAUGGAUACUUCUUUCUAAAUUUAGUUGUUUACAAUUAAGUUCAAUCCAUCCUAUUACACCAUCCAAGGUCCACAAACUUUUUAAGGGUGCAGUAUUUUUCAUAUUUUAUUUAUUUAUUUUUUAUUUACUAUUAGUUUUGACUGGCUUAGAAUCAUUAGUCUUUAUUUAACGUCUAAUAUUAUAUUUUACCACCGGUGAAACUCUCUGUGCUACUUUGGUACUAUUAGGAGUAUUAACUUUAUUUAUAAAUGUAAUUUUUAUUUCCUAAAGUUUUUUCUUCCCACUUUAAGUUGUAUUUUUAUUUUUACAAAAAGUGUGCAGUAACAAAUAGUUAAGUCCAAAAUGUUUGUUUAAAUUUUUAAACAUGUCUAUUAAUUAUCUUUUAAGAGAGUCAACUUUAUAUUUGCAUUAAAAUUAAUCCCAAACUACUGAUUUGUAUAGCUUUAGGCUAAGUAAGUGUGAAAGUUUUUUUUUUGUAAUAGCCACAUUUGCCUCAAAAUACCUUUUUUUUAUUGAAGUUCUCGAACCUUUAAAAGUUCAUAACUUCAAACACUGAAUUCAAAUAUUUUUUUUAUUGAAUUGAAGUAGGUACUAUACGAAAAACAAUUUGUCCCAGGUGACCACAUAAUAUUAUUAUAUUUAUUAGUAACAAUACCCUUGAGCAUAAUUUUUUUUGUAUAACGAUACUUAAUACUGUUGUAUACUAUUAUUUUCGUACUUAUGACUUUGUUGUGAUACUUUUUUUAUUUUGAACCUCUUUUUGUCCCUGUAAACCUAGUGUUUUGAGUAUAUAUACAGAUAAUUUAUACAUUGUGUGUUAUUCGUUCAAUAAUGUACUGAUGUUAAAAUCGAACGAUAUAAACCGAUAUUGUUAAAUAAUGUAACAUAGUUCUUUCUCUUUAUUAUACAUUGUUAUAUAUGAAUUUAAAUAUUAUCGCUAUAAAAAGUGUUAACCUUCAGCUUAAAAUAUUGUUAAUUUUUAUAAAUUUAUAAACAAUCUUGAUUUGUAUAUAAUACAUGUGGAGUUUUAGCUGAUAGGUUCUACUUUGAUUUUUUUUCUUUGAUACAUCCAUUGUUGUCUUAAAGUCAGUAUUUUUUUUGCAUCACAUUUACUCAUAGUUUUUUUUUACUGCUUACAUAAUUUAUUGUCCUCGUAGAUUAUAAUUGUGUUGUGAUUUAUUUAUAGUAGAUGUUUAUUUAUUGGCGUUGUUUGUGAUUUAUGUUUUCUAUAUGAACUAUUUCGAAUUUUGAUAUUAUAUUUAUAGAUUUAGAAAAAGAGUUAUUAAAACUUAAAUGAAACGUCACUAUAACAUCCUUAGAAUUGUUCUUUGUGCUUUAGAUUUAAGAUGAAAUAUAAUUUAAUGCUUUCGUGAUGACUGCCUUUAGCCUUAUUUUCGGCCUACAAAGUGUUUACGGAAUUUUGUACUUCAACAUCUACCAAAACAUCCUAACAGUUGGUUUUGAUUUAUUCCUAGUCAUAAUAUGGUGUCAUAUUAUUGGAUUUAGGUGCUUUUUGUCGACAACCCAUUUUUGUUUGGUAAAUUUCAUAAUAAUAACAGCUGUAAUAGUUCAUAAAAUUACAACGUUAACAAAAUCAUUACUUUUAUAUUUUGGAAUCUGUGCAACACCAAUGUCUAAUUAAUAAUGUUGCUGUAUUCAAUUGCCAUACUGUUAUUAUUUUAUACACAGAAUGUCUAGCCAUGUAGUUUACCUGAAUAUAAACUGUGUAGGUUUAUGUUUAAAAUAUACUAGCUACAGUAUAACGCUUAGUAGGCCUAUAUAACUUAACUAAAACUUAGUUGUUUGGUUGGAUUACAUAUAGUUGAAAAAUAUCAUAUUGUUAACACUUUUACUAAAACCCUGAUAUUCCAUGACAUUGUGAAUUUAUGCAACUUGUGCUGGCGAUACUAAAAAAUAAAAAAUUAACCAUUUAUUUGUCUUUGGGUUGUACUUGCCUAUGAGAUUUAAGUCAAUGUUUAAUCAAAGUUGAAACAGACUUAAAAACAAUUAUUUAUAAUUUUUAUAAAUAGAUUGCACUUCUUUUUCAAAAUUCUUUAAUCUUUUACUCUAAUAAUUUAAAAAGUGCUAUGUUUUUACAUCCCCAAAAUCUUUUGAGCUGUAUAAAAAAUUUUAAUGUUUUGAAAACAUGAAAUGUUUUCAUUAUUUAAUGGGACUUGCAGGCCAACAUUAUCAUGGUCCAUCGGGUUACAGUAAAAGUGUCAACUCGGGGCUCAAACUGUUGAGUUGUUAUUUCUACUUAAAAUAUUGGUUAUUGAAUUUGAAGAUUGGCAAAAUCUCUUUGUAUGUCGUAGUUUACUUUUUGAAACGUGAGCAAUGAUGUGAAAGCUCAACCGUUGUAUAGACCCUCGCCCUUUUUGUACAGAUUUCUCAAAAGCACUCUAGUAUUUAACCUAAGUUGCCUAACUAGUGUAACACCGAAAGGUAACUUACAGAUUUGUAUAAAGGAUGUGAUGUAUUUGAUACGUUUGGUAGCGUAAAGCCUUUUGUUGUUCUGUAAAUAUCCGUAGCCAUGCAAACAAGUGUAUGUCAUGUACAAAAUACUUGCAAUAAAGUGAUAUUGACCUUA